UCGGGACAGGGCCCGCCCAGUCCCACCAACCGAUCCUUUACAUGUUAUGUCGGACGGAAUAUCUCGAAUCUUAUUCCUAUCUCUUCGCUGACAAAAUCUGUCCGCCGCCCUCAAUCCGACCUUCAUCCAAAACCCUAAACUUCCGUCGGCCGAGCUGCAGCGGUGGCGGUGAUCCCAACAAGAACCGCUCCAGGGUUUGCGCCUAUGGCCGGGUCGAGGACGAGGCGCAGGAGAGGGUGAUUAGGGUUUCCGAUCCCUUGCGGGAUGAAGGUUUGCCCCCUCUCUUUUUCGUUCCCCUCCUCAACGGCGCUUCGUCUUCUCCUCUGUCCCCUUCUGUGAGCCCGCAGCAGCAGCAGACGGAUGGCGGCGACGAGAAGCAAGAUUACUAUGUCAACAUGGGAUACGCGAUUCGUACCUUGAGGGAAGAGUUUCCUGAUAUCUUCCAGCGCGAACCCAACUAUGAUAUAUACAGGGAUGAUAUUGUCUUCAAAGACCCUCUCAACACCUUUGUUGGUAUUAACAACUAUAAACGGAUAUUCUGGGCUCUGAGACUCAAUGGUCGUGUUUUCUUCAAGGCUAUAUGGAUCAACAUCGUGAGCAUAUGGCAGCCUGGAGAGAAUGUUAUUAUGAUUCGUUGGAUUGUUCAUGGCAUUCCUCGGGUGCCUUGGGAGAUUCAUGGCCGCUUCGAUGGAACCUCUGAGUACAAACUUGAUAAGACCGGAAAGAUAUAUGAACACCGUGUAGACAAUGUUGCCCUUAACACACCGACCAAGUUUCGGGUAUUGCUUGUGGAAGAGUUGAUCCAAUCACUUGGCUGCCCGUCCAAUCCAAAGCCCACCUAUUUUGAAACAUCAUUGUUAAGUGUCAUUUCUUGCCUGCCAUCUUUGUUGAGAUUCUCAUGGAUCCGAUGCUACAUGGCAUUUUACAUAGUUCUUGCUUUUAGAUGCAACGGAAAAGACUGACCGAAGCUUCUGCUUCAAAGUUUUGUCAACAGCAAGGUGGGAGUUACUCAUGGUCGUGUAUAGUGUACAGCAAGUUGUAUUAUCGAUCUUAUCGAAUUCUUGUUCCCUGUAGUUCAAGAGCCAUUAAAUAAUCAUAUGCUGUAAAAACCUGAUAUUGAUCCAAUUUGCUUAUAUACUUUUGUCUUCA